UCAGAUGAUGAAUCCAUUACCGAUAGUGAACUAGACAUGCCCAUAGAUUGGAUUCCAGGGAUGAAAAACAUUCGACUCAAAGACAUGCCAAGCUUUAUCAGAACCACAGAUCUUAAAGAGACCUUGUUCGAUUUUAUGGGGUCACUAGCAAAGAAUUGCUUGACAUCAUCCGCAAUAAUUGUUAACACGAUCCAAGAGUUUGAACUAGAAGUCCUUGAUGCAAUCAAGGCCAAGUUUCCCAACAUAUACAACAUUGGCCCAGCUCCCUUGUUAACAAGGCAUGUUCCUGAGGACAAGGUUUUGUCCAUUGGGUCAAGUUUAUGGGUUGAAGACUCUAAGUGUCUCGAAUCGCUAGAUAAAUGGCAACCGAAUUCAGUUGUGUAUGUGAAUUAUGGAAGCUGGACAGUGAUAACAGAACAUCACCUUAAAGAAAUUGCUUUGGGCUUUGCAAAUAGCAUGCACCCAUUUUUGUGGAUUAUUAGGCCUGAUGUGAUGAUGGGUGAAUCAGCAAUUUUACCAAAAGAGUUUUUUUAUGAGAUUAAGGAGAGAGGGUACAUCACUAAUUGGUGCCCUCAAGAAAGAGUGCUAGCACAUUCAUCAAUUGGACUUUUUUUAACACACUGUGGAUGGAAUUCACUAACGGAAGCUAUAUGUGAAGGUAAACCUAUGAUUUGCUGGCCUUUCUUUGCGGAGCAACAAAUGAAUUGUAGAUAUGCAUGCACAACUUGGGGAAUUGGAAUGGAGCUGAACCAUGGUGUAAAGCGUGGAGAGAUUGUUGAGCUUGUUAAGGAAAUGAUCGAGGGAGAUAAGGCAAAGGAAAUGAAGCAAAACGUUUUGGAGUGGAGGAAAAAAGCACUAGAAGCCACUGAUAUAGGUGGCUCAUCCUAUAAUGACUUCAAUAGGUUCGUAAAAGAGGCUCUUCAUUUUGAAGAGUAAUUCAAAAUUUAGUGGGUUUUUAUGUACAAGUAAACUUAGGAUCAUGUGAUAAUGAUUUCAAUAAGUUGAUAGAAGGGGUCUUUAUUUUGAAGAACAAUUUAAUAAAUUGUAGAAACUGUCAUGCUGGUGGUUAUGUAAAAGUAACUUGC